AUGGCGAGCGUUCAGCAAGGGGAGAAGCAGCUUUUUGAGAAGUUCUGGCGAGGAACCUUUAAAGCUGUGGCCACCCCGCGUCCCGAGAGCAUCAUUGUCGCCAGUAUCACGGCCCGCAAGCCUCUGCCAAGGACAGAACCCCAGAGCAGCCCUCUGGUUCCAGCUCAGGAUGGACCCUCGGAGAAGCUGAACCAGCAUCUGGCCACUGAGGCCUUGGGCACCAACAGCUGGGAGAGAGACAAGGCCUGCCGGGAGCUCAGUCCUGCCAGAGCACGAAGUGCCUCCCGAGACAAAGACUUGACGCCACCACCUUCCUCCAGGGGGAAGAAGAAAAAGAAGAAAUCCACCCGGAAGAAGAGAAGGAGGUCCCCGUCAUAUAGUCCAUCGCCUGUCAAGAAAAAGAAGAAGAAAGGCUCCAAAAAACAUAAGCGACACAGGUCGUUCUCCAAGAAGAGAAGGCACAGCUCCUCCAGCCCAAAAAGCAGAAGGAGGGAUGAGAAGAGGCACAAAAAACAAUCACGAAGCCGGCCCCGAAAAUCUCACCGUCACCGUCAUCACCAUUAUCCUUCCCGGUCCCAGAGCUCCGAGUCCCACUCCUCAAGCUGUGAGAGCAGGCACCGCGGCAGGUCCCCCGAGGAAGGGCGGAAGUCCCGCCGAAGGCACUCCCACCGCUGCUCCAGGACCCUCGGCAAGGCCAGCCCCGAGGCCCGCUCCAGCCACCCGCCCAGCCAGCCCCUCCGGAUGCUCAGCCUCCUGUCGGCCAGGGGUGUAAUCACUGGGUCGGGGUCUGCAGCUGACCUCUUUACCAAAACAGCCAGCCCGCUCACCACCUCCAGAGGACGCUCCCAGGAGUAUGACUCAGGCAAUGACACCUCUUCACCACCCUCCACGCAAAUCAGCUCAGCCAGGUCACGGGGCCAAGAGAAGGGGAGCCCCAGUGAGGGCCUCACCAAAAGCCGGGAGCUCAACUGUGGCAACACCUCUGAUUCAGGGAACUCCUUCACCACCUCCUCACCCCAGAACAAGGGGGCCGCUUUGGAGAAUCUCUCCCCCACCAGCAGGGGCAGAGAGUCAAGAGGAUUUCGGUCGCCAUGUCUGGAAUGCGCAGAAGUGAAGAAGUCCAGUUUGGUCCCAUCCACAGCCCGGAGCUCCCCCAUGAGAGGGUGCUCCCGCAGCCCCUCCUAUGCCAGCACCCGUUCUUCCAGCCACUCCUCCCGAUCCCCAAACCCCAGGGCUUCCCCCAGGUACACCCGAAGCCGAUCCACCUCCUCUGGAAAAAGGUCCUACUCGCGCUCUUCCAGCUAUUCCUCCAAGUCGGGCAAGAGGAGCCCACCCAGCAGAAGCUCCCGAUCGCGCCGCAGCCCCAGCUACUCGCGUUACAGCCCUAACAGGGAGCGGGACCCCAAGUACAAUGAGAAGGACUCCCAGCAGCGGGAGCGCGAGCGAGCGCGUCGGAGACGGCGGUCCUACUCGCCCAUGCGGAAGCGCCGGAGAGACUCCCCGAGCCACCUGGAGGCGCGGAGGAUAACCAGUGCCCGGAAACGCCCCAUCCCCUACUACCGGCCCAGCCCCUCCUCAUCCGGCAGCCUCAGCAGCGCCUCCUCCUGGUACAGCAGCAGCAGCCGCUCGGCCAGCCGCAGCUCUUCCCGCAGCCGCAGUUAUUCCCGCAGCCGCAGCCGCAGCCGCAGCCGGACCCGCACGAGCAGUGGCUCCAGCUCGCGCAGCCCCAGCCUGGGCUCCCGGAGCCGGAGCCGGAGCCGGAGCUACAGCUCAGCAGACAGCUACUCCAGCACGAGGCGCUAAGCAAGGGCCCUCCCUUGAGCCGGCUGCCUGCAGCGGGGCCCCUUUCACUCUGCCAGCCUCUCCCCCUUCCCUGCCCACCCUGCCUUCUCCUUGGGGACGGACCUUGCGGGCUCCUGGACCCUGUCCUUCCUGCUCUCCUGGGGAGGAGGAAAAGAGGGUACGGGGCCUUCAGCCUCUAUGUCAAGCCGCUAGGAGCCUCCACCAGCACCACCCCCGGGGCUCAACUCGGGCCUGGGCGGAUGGAGAGAACCACCCUCUGUUGGCACAAAAAACCUCAAGGUUCUGUAAGAAGCAAUGGGUCCGUGACUCCAACGCUUGGGCCUAGCCAGGAAAACAGAGUUCUGCUCACCCACUGCUCCUGGGAUGCCUAUGGAGGCACCUGCCCUCAUUCUCCCCUCAUUCAGCCUCCUGAGCGGGUGUGUGAACCCUCGUGGGAUGGGAGGUGAUGAGAGGAAACCAAGGGCAGUUAGGCCCAGGAGAGGGGGUCAGGCCUUUCACACACGCACGCACGCACGCACACGCACGCACACACACGCGCACGCACGCACACACCCCACGAAACAGGCCGGAGCAGAAGUAGAAGGCAAUCAGAGGGGGGAGAGAAGGGAUCUGAGUAGGGAUCACGGAGGUUUCAGUGGGGAGGAAGUGUCAGGAGAGAGGAAAGGGGUUCUCUGGUUGUGAGCAUAGACGCAAAAGGGCAGGGGUCAUUCUGCAGCACCCCCCCCCCAUUAUCUUGGCGUGGUCAGGAAAAGCAGUCCAGUAGGUUCUAGCAAUGGAGAGGCCCCCACAAGGCUUCGACAGCCUCUUGGCUGUUCACAGGGCCCCUGAACCUCCCUGAGAAAGGACACAGUAGACAGGACACCUUGGUCCACAGCCCCACAGCCCAGAUUUGCCUCAGCCCCCACUAGCUGGCACCAGCUUAAUUCCACGAGACCAUCUGCUGAACAUCCCCCAGUGCCAUGGCCAGCUGCCAGUCCCCAGCGCCGGCCAGUCUGGCCUUACCCUCCCGUUGGUGCCUGCCUGCCUGCCCCCUCCCCCGCGGCCCCGACGGCCACACCCUGGAGCCCACCCAAAGCAGCCGAGCAUCGGCUCACCCGCCCUCAGCCCCAGCCAACCCCUUUGCCUCUCAGGAAUUUUGCCAGGAUGGGGCACAGCAGCUCCGGUUUUGGGGGGAAAGACCCAAAUCCAGAGAGUGUGAGGGGACAGGGGCGUGGGUACUCCAGAGCCUGGGAUUCUCCUGGCUUCUGAGGCUUCUCUGUCAGCUCAAGCCCCACCUUCAUCUCGGCCCUCCCCCAAUCGUCCCUCCGCCCGGGGCUGGGCAGCACGGGUAAGCUGAUCUCCAACACACAAAUACCACCAGUUGCUUCAUCCACAGCAGGCACUGAGAACAGGGGUGUGAGGGAGAGGAUCCUUAAAAUAAACCCCUGGGCAUCCCCCUCACCAGCUGACUGGUUUUCCGGAGCCUUGUGGGUGAGUUUCAAGUUUGCGGCAGCAAGGGCAGCGGGACAGGGCACGGAGGGGGAUCGUGAGGGGGGACAGUUCCCAGCUCUGGAUACUGGGGCCGGCUACGGGGAAGCAGGGACCAAACACUCUUUAUCCUUCCCACCCGAAGGAAAACACUGGAACGAAAAAAUCCUUUUUCUCGAAAGCAGUGACCUGUCCCCCCAACUCCCAAUCUUUCCCAUUACAUCAGCCCAUGGGGCCAGAAACUGCCCUGCAACCACCCACAAGUCCUUCCUCCAUCAGGAGAGCCGAAAGCGAGGUGCCCCAGACAGCACUGGACGACCUGGCCUUCCCAUGAUGCCCUCUGGCCCAGCCCUGGGCCCCACCCGCCCAGACUGGCGGAUGCCGACGCUGUCACCGCAGAAGGCCGGAUGGCAGGUGCCUGGGACAGGGGCAGGUGCCCUGGGAGGGCAUGUACAGCAACUGUAAAUAACCCUCUUCCCUGCCCAGGAACGCAAACUGGGCUCCAGUCUCCCAUCAUGGAGCCACGGAACCUCAUUAGCGGGACAGCAGUGAGAGAGGCCCAAGAGCCUCCCAUCAGACUGCCUUCAGACAACUCUAGGGGACCAUUUUGCCUGGGGCUCCUAGCAA